ACCAAUCAGAUUUGAGUGAAACUUUACAGUUUGUUUGAAGUUUAUGUUUACAGCCUGGGUUAAAGUUAGGUGCUUCACGCCAAUGUUGUCAUUCACCUAUCAUUUUAGAGAUAAUAUAUAGGGUUUGAGUACAGGCUUUCUCUAUAAAGAAAAUGUUAGCAAAAUUAGUUCGAGCACUAGCACUGAAGACAAGAGAAUAAUAAAUAAAACUUAAAGAUGUGCAUCUCACGAGCGCGUGAAUCAAUAUGUCCAUAGCGGCGUUCCGUACAUGAACAUCCACCGAACCGAAUGAACAGAACUCAACGUCGGUACGUGAACAUAAACCGGAUUAACGGAGCCGAAAUACAGCCGCUCGUGGUCUCCGUAAUUCAUCGCUGCGGUGUGAGGGAUGUCCACCCCAGAACCCCCGAUAGGAGGGACUCCGUGUCCAGGACCCUCGCCUGGUCCGGGACCUUCUCCGGUGGCCGCUCUGGGUUCAGGGCUGUCUCCUGGAUCUUCACACACUAUGAUGGGUCCCAGCCCCGGACCUCCGACUUCAACAGGACACACUUUUACUCAACAAGGGUCUGCGGUGUACAGCCAGGAGAACUUACACCAACUGCACAAGUCUGUGGAGGAGAAUCUUCCAGAAGACGGUCGUUUCGCUCAGGUGAAGCUUGUUCCCAUGAGGUCGGGACACAGUGGUCUGGGGGUGCGUCCGGGCAGCCCGAUGGAGCAGCAUUCUCAAGGUUACUCUUCCCCGCUGGGCUCUUCAGAACACGUGUCCAGCCCCGUGUCUGUCAGCGGUCCUCCGUCCGCUCCUCUCUUGUCCACCUCAUUAGAGGGCGCAGACACCCAACCUUUACAGCUGAGCCGGCCGGGGACCCAAAGCAACGCCACCGGCUUGCCGGCCCCCCCGACACCCUUCAACCAGAGUCAGCUGCAUCAGCUGCGGGCUCAGAUCAUGGCGUAUAAGAUGCUGGCUCGUGGGCAGCCGCUCCCGGAGCACCUGCAGAUGGCGGUGCAGGGCAAGCGGCCCAUGCCGGGCAUGCAGCAGGGGCAGUCUUUGUCCUGUUUGCCACCUGCUGGCGGAGGCACUGCAGGAUUCGGCCGAGGGCACGGGAUGAUGGGUCCCAACAUGCCUCCCCCCGGACCUUCUGGGGUCUCGUCUGGAGUUCAGGGCCUGAAUCACAACGGACCCCCAAAACCAUGGCCCGAGGGUCCUAUUAAUGCCGCCACCCCCUCAAAUGCCCCUCAGAAACUGAUGCCCCCGCAGCCCACUGGACGGCCCUCCCCCGCACCCCCUUCCGUGCCACCGGCCGCCUCCCCCGUCAUGCCCCCUCAAACCCAGUCACCAGGGCACCUGUCCCACCCGUCUCAAGCCACGACCAUCCUCCCCCUGCACCAGAAACAGAACCGCAUUACACCCGUUCAGAAGCCUUGCGGUCUGGACCCGGUGGAAAUACUUCAGGAGAGAGAGUACAGGCUUGAAGCUCGAAUCGCCCACCGCAUUCAGGAGCUGGAGAAUCUGCCCGGCUCUCUUGCUGGAGAUUUACGCACCAAAGCGACGAUUGAGUUAAAAGCUCUGCGACUGCUCAACUUCCAGAGACAGCUGAGGCAGGAGGUGGUGGUGUGCAUGAGGCGAGAUACAGCCUUAGAAACCUCACUGGAUGCUAAAGCCUACAAGCGCAGUAAGAGACAGUCGCUGCGAGAAGCCCGGAUCACUGAGAAACUGGAGAAACAGCAGAAGAUUGAGCAGGAGCGGAAGCGCAGACAGAAACAUCAGGAAUAUCUCAACAGCAUCCUGCAACAUGCCAAGGACUUCAAGGAAUAUCAUCGCUCCAUCACCGCCAAGAUCCAGAAGCUGACCAAAGCCGUGGCCACGUACCACGCCAACACCGAGAGAGAGCAGAAGAAGGAGAAUGAGAGGAUUGAGAAAGAGAGAAUGAGAAGACUCAUGGCUGAAGAUGAAGAGGGUUACCGGAAGCUCAUCGAUCAGAAGAAGGACAAGCGUCUGGCAUAUCUCCUCCAGCAGACGGAUGAAUAUGUGGCUAACCUGACGGAGCUUGUGCGCGCUCACAAAGCCGUUCAGGCUCUGAAGGAGAAGAAGAAGAAGAAAAAGAAAAAGUUGGAGAGCUCUGAGGGACAGACGGGUGCUCUGGGACCCGAUGGAGAGCCUCUAGAUGAAACGAGUCAGAUGAGUGAUCUUCCAGUGAAGGUGAUUCAUGUGGACAGCGGGAAGAUUCUCACCGGAGUGGACGCUCCUAAAGCCGGACAGCUGGACACGUGGUUAGAGAUGAAUCCUGGUUAUGAAGUUGCUCCACGAUCAGACAGUGAAGAUUCUGGAUCAGAGGAGGAUGAGGAGGAGGAAGAGGAACCUCAAGCGCUGAUGCCCUCUCAGAGUCAAAGUACAGAAGAGAAGAAGAAGAUUCCAGAUCCAGACAGUGAAGAUGUGUCCGAGGUGGACGUUCGGCACAUCAUCGAACAUGCCAAGCAGGAUGUUGAUGAUGAGUACGGCAGCGCUGCGUUUGCUCGGGGCUUACAGUCGUAUUACGCUGUGGCUCAUGCGGUCACUGAGAGAGUCGACAAACAAUCGUCUCUCUUGAUCAAUGGUCAACUCAAACAAUACCAGAUCAAAGGUUUGGAGUGGCUGGUGUCUCUCUAUAAUAAUAAUCUCAACGGGAUUCUGGCUGAUGAGAUGGGUUUGGGGAAGACGAUACAAACCAUUGCUCUCAUCACGUACCUGAUGGAGAACAAGCGUCUGAACGGGGCGUAUCUCAUCAUCGUGCCGCUCUCGACUCUGUCAAACUGGGUCUAUGAGUUUGAUAAAUGGGCGCCUUCUGUUGUGAAAGUCUCGUACAAGGGGUCUCCUGCAGCUAGAAGAGCUUUCGUGCCACAGCUGCGCAGCGGCAAGUUCAACGUUCUGCUCACCACGUAUGAAUACAUCAUUAAAGACAAACAGAUUCUGGCAAAGAUUCGCUGGAAGUACAUGAUAGUGGAUGAAGGUCAUCGUAUGAAGAAUCAUCACUGUAAACUGACGCAGGUGUUGAACACACAUUAUUUGGCUCCACGUCGCGUGCUGCUCACAGGGACGCCGCUGCAGAAUAAACUGCCCGAACUCUGGGCUCUUCUCAACUUCCUGCUGCCCACAAUCUUCAAGAGCUGCAGCACGUUUGAACAGUGGUUCAACGCUCCCUUCGCCAUGACCGGAGAGAAGGUGGAUCUGAAUGAGGAAGAGACCAUCCUGAUCAUUCGGCGUCUGCAUAAGGUGCUCCGCCCCUUCCUGUUACGCCGACUGAAGAAAGAGGUGGAGGCACAACUGCCAGAGAAGGUGGAGUAUGUAAUUAAGAGUGACAUGUCGGCUCUGCAGAGGGUUUUAUAUCGACACAUGCAGGCUAAAGGAGUUCUGCUCACUGAUGGAUCUGAGAAAGACAAGAAGGGUAAGGGCGGCACUAAGACUUUGAUGAACACCAUUAUGCAGUUGAGGAAGAUUUGUAAUCAUCCCUACAUGUUUCAGCAGAUCGAGGAAUCUUUCUCUGAGCACUUGGGAUUUUCAGGCGGUAUAGUUCAAGGGCUUGACUUAUAUCGAGCGUCAGGAAAGUUUGAGGUGCUGGAUCGGAUUUUACCCAAACUACGAGCGUCUAACCACAAAGUUCUGCUCUUCUGUCAAAUGACAUCUUUGAUGACCAUCAUGGAAGAUUAUUUUGCUUAUCGCGGUUUCAAAUAUCUGCGUCUAGACGGCACAACUAAAGCAGAGGAUCGUGGGAUGCUGCUAAAGACCUUUAAUGAUCCGGCCUCUCAGUAUUUUAUCUUCCUGUUGAGCACUAGAGCAGGCGGGCUGGGUCUGAAUCUGCAGAGCGCCGAUACCGUCAUCAUAUUCGACAGCGACUGGAAUCCUCACCAGGACCUGCAGGCUCAGGACCGAGCGCACCGGAUCGGACAGCAGAACGAGGUGCGAGUUCUUCGUCUUUGCACCGUCAACAGCGUGGAAGAGAAGAUACUGGCAGCUGCUAAAUAUAAGCUGAAUGUAGAUCAGAAGGUGAUCCAGGCUGGCAUGUUUGACCAGAAAUCUUCAAGUCAUGAACGCAGAGCCUUCUUACAAGCCAUCCUGGAGCACGAGGAGCAAGAUGAGGAGGAGGACGAGGUGCCGGAUGACGAAACAGUGAACCAGAUGAUCGCUCGCAGUGAAGAGGAGUUCGAUCAGUUCAUGCGCAUGGACUUGGAUCGCCGCCGCGAGGACGCCCGUAACCCCAAACGGAAACCUCGUUUGAUGGAGGAAGACGAGCUGCCCACAUGGAUCAUGAAGGACGACGCGGAGGUGGAAAGGCUCACCUGUGAGGAAGAGGAGGGGAAGAUGUUCGGCCGUGGCUCCCGACAGAGAAAAGAGGUCGAUUACAGCGACUCGCUCACAGAGAAACAGUGGCUGAAGGUUAGACGAGCAUCAGGUCCGUUAACACUUUCCCGUCUGCCGGCGUCUGGCUUUCUCAUUGUGUCCUCCCUCAUCUCUCAGGCCAUCGAGGACGGGACCCUGGAGGAAAUCGAAGAAGAGGUGCGACACAAGAAGACGGCUCGGAAGAGGAGACGCGAUCGAGACACGGACGCCGUUCCUUCCACCUCUGGAGCUCGCGGAGGCAGAGAGAGAGACGACGACAGCAAAAGGCAAAAGAAACGAGGUCGUCCGCCAGCAGAGAAACUUUUGCCGAACCCGCCGUCACUUAUCAAGAAGAUGAAAAAGAUUGUGGAUGCCGUCAUUAAAUAUAAGGAAAAUAACGGGCGUCAGUUAAGUGAGGUCUUCAUUCAGCUGCCGUCACGGAAGGAGCUUCCAGAAUACUACGAGCUCAUCCGCAAACCCGUUGACUUCAGGAAGAUCAAAGAGCGCAUCCGCAGUCACCGAUACCGCAGCCUGAACGACCUGGAGAGAGACGUCAUGCUGUUGUGUCAAAACGCACAAACCUUUAACCUGGAGGGUUCACUGAUCUACGAGGACUCCAUCGUGCUGCAGUCGGUUUUUACCAGCUUGUGUCAGAAGAUCGAGAGAGAAGAAGAGAGUGAUGGAGAGGAAAGUGAGGAAGAUGAUGAAGAUGGAGGUUCAGAUUCCGAGACUCGGUCAGUGAAGGUGAAGAUUAAACUGAGCCGUAAGGACAGAAGUGCAGAGCGUGGCAGAGGACGCAGAAGAAUGGCCAGAACUCGAGCCAAACCCGUCGUCAGUGAUGAUGAUACAGACGAGGAACAGGAGGAGGAUCGGUCCAACAGCGCCAGUGAAGAUGAACAGGGAUGAAGAUGUUAACACCCAAACAAGACCAGUAUCAUGUUAAGCCAAAUAUAUUCUCUCAUCCACAUCCUCAUCAUCUAACCCUUUCUGAAAAGAAAGAAAGAAUCUUUCUGAUGUUAGUUUUCAUAGUGAUGCUGAGAGAAACUGCAUUAGGACGUAAGUUUUUGUGACGCUGAAUAUUAGACUAUAACGUUUCAGAAGUACAUUUGUAAUCAUGUGUUAACUUGUUGUGUAGACGUGCUCGAAUUGUGUGUUAGUAACUGAUGCACGUGUGUUGACCAAGUUUGUUUAGCUUUGACAGCUGUAGAUGUGUUAUUUAUGUUGCUGCUUCUCAAUCUUUAGGGAUGUUUAAUGUGUGUGUAUCGCUGGUGUGCUGAACGCCGACCUUCUCACUGAAGUGAAAUUCAUGUUCUGGCUGUUGUAUAAUCAAUAAGGGCAUGUGCUGUUGUGUCAUGUGGGUUUGUAUAUUUUCUCUUCGAUUGUUUUCAUUCAUUCAUCAGAUACCAUAAUAAAUAAUAAAGUGUUAA